AUGUCUGAUUUAAACUUGGAACACCUAAAGGAAACACACCCUGAGGAAUAUCAAUUUCUGCAGAAACUCACCAGUAUCGAAAAACAUCUCGAUCGACUAAUACAACAACAACAAAAUUGUCAACUUUACGACCCUACUUCCAAACCAAUCAAGGUCAGAAUCAAAAUUUACAACACAUACGAGGACCAGGAUAAAAAGCCACCAAACUUCUCAUACUCAAAUGUACCACCUUCAAGAUAUACCAUCUACAUCAAAGCAUUAGACCUAGAAAAUGACGAAAACGGAGAUGAGGAGGAAAUUGAAGUUCCACUGACAAAGUACUUUAACAAUAUAAUGAUCGACACGCCUUCCGGUAUAGUUGUAUGGAACAGAGAUUUGAUUUUCGAAGAAAAAGUGAAUCUUUAUAACCAUAAGAAGGCAAAUACAAAUAAGAGCAUGCCCUCUACCAAAAUGCACUCUCCAAAUAUUAAUUUUUCAUCAAAUUUACAAAAUGUGAAUAAUCUCAGUAGUCCUAAUCCAGACCUCCAUAACUCUAUAAAUAACCCGGAUUCAUUCCAGCCAAGUUUCAACGGAUUUGAUGAGUUACACGUAAAUAGGCUUGGGUUUGAAGAUUGCGAAAUUCAGAUUUACCUCUUCCCUCGUCAGACAAUCCCAGUAUACUCCGUUUCUCAGAAUCUCUACGAGUUCAUUUACUACAAUCUCGACGAGGGUGAUUUUAAUCCUGACCUAAUGAAGGUCAACUUACCGACCAUAACAAAGUCCAUAUGGUCUUACGGGUUCAAGAACAAAUUGUUUGUGGAAAAGGAGGGCGAGGAGGUUCUCUUAACUCUAGAUGAAGUUCUCAAGGGUUUGUUCUCAACGGAUUCUAAACAUGUCAAAAUCUCCGAGGUUCCGGCACUUCUGAGGGAACAUUUAUUUCCGCCAAGGCCCGUUAAACUAAGCCACCACGUAAAACUCAGUGGCACUCCAGAGGAUAACGAGACCCUUUACGAUUUAACACUGGAGUCGUCCUUAACAAAUCCCAUCAAAAAAGAUGAAAAACAAAGUGAACUUGAUUCUCAAAUUAGCUCUGCCGAAAACGAGGUUAUUGAGCUAAUUCACCUACGGAAUUUAUAUUCCAGCUUCUCACUUGACCCGAAAAAGGUUUAUUAUCUUACUCAUUUAUUUUUUUAG